UACACAAUACACACUGACAUUCCAGUCACACCAGUACACUGUACACCACCAACAGAUCUAGUAAAAAUGUCAAACCACCAGAGCUACCUCCAAAAACCCUUAGGAACCUCCAUACACAUCACCGCCUUAGACGGAAUCAUCCACGUAAACUCCAUCUUCACCCUCGCCGUCUUUAUCGGGCUAUCAUGGAACCCAAACGACCCAUCAAACACCCUAAUCACAGACCCAUCUUGUACCUCCUUCAACACCUCCAUCGCCGAAAAUAUAGUCGCCUUCCAUGUCUACUCCUUUUCUUCUUUCCUCUUCUCUAGCCUCGUCGCUCUGGGCCUCAAACAGGCCUUCCGCAUCUCGGCCCACCACGACUCUCACUGGGCUUUUAUCCAUACUUCGGGUCUUCGUGUUGGUAUGCUUGUCUCCGCCAUUGGAUCUGUUUCUGGGUGUGCUUUUCUGAUGUUGGCGUUGAUCAAUGUGGCACAGAUUAAGCUGGGGAGUUUGUCUUGUGGAAGUUCUCAUACUUAUGCUGCUGUUGUUCCUCUUGUUAUUUUGGUGCCUUCUGCUCUUCUUAUUUAUAUCGGAUUUGUUCUUUAUGCUUUUACUCGUUAGUUAGUUAGUAAGUUAGUGUAACCAUUAUUUCCAAGCGGAAUUGUUCUUUAUGGAAGUCAAUUGUUAUUGAUUACUUGAUUUGGUAAUAAUUUGUUGCUCUUUAAAAUUGAUUAUUGUGUUUAGAAGACGAGGAAUUGUGGUGAUGUUAUAUCAAAUAACUAAGGUGGCAAAACUCUAACCGAAAAUGAAUAUUGGGUUGGUUUACUGGAAGAUGUUUGAUUUCUAAAUUUAGUAUUGGAAGUUAUCAAUGUGCACUUUUGUAAUGAGAUUCAACCAUGGAACUCAUCAUAGCAAUGUUGUAUAAGGGAUCAUUUAGUCAGACAUAGGGAGUACUGUUAAGCGUUGUGCAGCAAUGUAUCAAAUCCGUCACUCCUUAAACUCGAAGCAGAUGACACUAAUCUAAGCUUAGAAACUUGAGAAACUACGUUUUGAUUUAGAAAAUUAGAAUUACAACUUACUAGAGCUGUUUACUUUGGUUACUGAGGUGGUCAAUGAAACGAGCUAAGACUCGUGGUCUCUGACUUCGAAUUUAUAGACUCUUAUUGCAUUUGUUAGUGUUGAUAAUAAAUGUUUCAAUAUCUGAAUCUUGCAAGUUUGAGUGUCAUUCUUCGUAGUCAGAUUGCAAAGUAAAGAUUAACUACUGAUGGGUUAGAUUUCAAGAACUAAUUUCCCUCUCAGCUAGAUUGCCUUGGAUUAAUACUGGGUUAUGAUUUGUGUUUGUUUUAGUUGGGGGUGGGAGGGUUAGGUGAAUGACAUUACAGAAGGGAACAGCAUUCUAGAAACUGGUAAAUGCAGUAGUGAAAUCUCGGAUGAUAGCAUUAGCAUUUGCUGUACUUUAAUUAUCCUGUUAAUAUGAGCCAAAUCCCUACAUGAAAUGAUUUUUCAAGCCGAAAGUGCAGCACUAUGUCUUUCUAUCCCAGAUUUGUUACUCACUCUACUCUUAUAAUGUUUCCUCCACUAUAUAAUGGAGCACAUUAUAAUAUUUCACUUACCAUUACCAAUAUGAAGCUCCCUCCUUCCCCUAUAUAUAACUACACAAGUCUUUGAUAACAAUCAUCCAACACAUAUAACUUCAUUACAGUGAGAACUGAAGGAACAAAAGCUCCUAAAAUGAAGCACAUAAUUCUGUCUGCUUUGGUUAUUGUUGUCUGUAUUGCAGAGUUUCAUGGGGUGAAUGCUGGUGGUGAGUGUGGGAGGGCAUCCCCGGAAAGAGAGGCAUUUAAACUAGCUCCCUGUGCCAUGGCAGCAGAGGAUGAGAAUGCCUCAGUUUCAGACCGUUGCUGUGCUAGGAUUAAACAGUUGGGUCAAAACCCAAGCUGCCUUUGUGCUGUAAUGCUCUCUCACACUGCCAGAAGUGCCGGGGCUAAGCCUGAGGUUGCCGUCACAAUCCCUAAGCGAUGCAACCUUGCUGAUCGCCCUGUUGGUUACAAGUGUGGCGAUUACACAUUGCCUUGAAGACUGCAAGUUGAAGAACCCCAUCUUAUUAUAUCAAGCUUCCAAUAAGUUUGCUUCUGUGCUUUGCUUUCUGUUUUCUAAUGUAAUACAACUUUGAUCAAUAUGAAUAAAUGUAUUGUUUUCAGUUUA